GAAAGUGCGCGACUACGCUUAUCUUGUACGGAUUACACUGUGCGUUGUCUGCAGAUGGAAGAGCCCGCACCCCCCCAGCUGUCGGCCCAUUCGAGGAGCCAGUCACAGUCCCAUAGAAUCUUGAUUUCAAAAAAGAGCCCGUUGAACAACAAGGAUUAUACUGCAGGAAUAGCGCUUCUCCUCGUCGUGGUCCUGCUAUGGACGUUCUCGAAUUUCAUUACACAGGAUAUGUUCGAGGGUGGAUAUGAGAAGCCAUUUCUAGUAACAUAUCUCAACACGAGCUCUUUUUCUCUUUACCUCCUUCCCUUUCUGCUCAGGCGGGCGUGGGACUACUACCGCAACUCAAAGCGGCAUAUAAUGCACUCAACCCCAGGAUAUGAAGCACUCCCCGGAGAAGCAGAAGUGGAUUCUGAGGUUAUAAAUCCAAAUCUUGGUGAAAUAAUGCCGUCACACGACACGCGCCCUCUUACGACUCAAGAAACGGCAAAACUGGCUUCCUUGUUCUGCUCGCUCUGGUUCAUCGCGAAUUGGGCUGUCAAUGCAUCGUUAGAUUACACCAGCGUCGCCAGUGCAACUAUCUUAUCUAGCAUGAGCGGGUUCUUCACGUUGGGUAUCGGCCGGAUGUUCAACGUGGAGACACUUACUUUUAAGAAAGUCUGCGCCGUUCUGACGAGUUUUGCAGGAGUGCUUCUUGUUUCAGCUUCGGAUUCAUCUCAAUCGGUUGCAAGUGACGAAAUUUCACCACAUGCCAUCUUGGGGGAUACUUUGGCACUCACCUCUGCCGUGUUUUAUGCGCUUUAUGUCAUCCUACUCAAAGUAAGAAUAAAGUCCGAGUCUCGAAUUGACAUGCAACUCUUCUUUGGGUUCGUGGGUCUUUUCAACACACUUGCUUAUUGGCCUAUCGGAAUCUUGCUCCACGUUGCGGGAGUGGAAAAGCUAGAGUUACCAAGUAGUAGCAGAGCGGUUACGAUUUUACUUGUUAAUAUGGCGAUAACUUGGUCAAGCGAUUACCUAUAUGUGCUUGCGAUGUUAAGAACGACCCCGUUGGUUGUUACCAUUGGUCUCAGCCUUACGAUCCCGCUUGCGGUGAUUGGAGAUCUGUUUCUAGGCAAUUUCGUAGGCGCCAAAGUUAUGUUUGGAGCUAUUAUGGUGUUUGUUGGUUUCCUCAUAGUCGGUACGGACAGGAACAAUACUGAUGAAGAGCAUAUACUCUUGGAAGAGACUGCGGAUGAGGAAUAGAGUCAUUGUAUGUGAGCAUAACUGCGUCGGUCAGGUCCGUAGCUAUAUCGUCUAAUCAUGCUGCUUUUACAGUAUAUUUCUUUAAGUACAAACUAGAUGAGAAUGAUGUACAUUGACGGAUUAGACAUACG